CUCGCUCCUUCAUCAUCAAAACAGGGGAGUGCGUGCGCAAUCUUCUUCCCCAGGCACCAGCAAUCCUUCAAGAAUCAGUAUUUCUCAACCCCAACAACUGCAUCAUCACCAUCCCGUCGUACAGUCUGCACAUCAGACAUCCAUCGCUAUCAUGAGCACUUUCACAGAGAAAUCGUACGGCGCCAACCCCAAUGGCCUCACACUUGCCUGGCCGGCCGUCACCCGCCAAUCCUCAUCUCAAUCAAUCGAUCUUCUGACCCCUAUCGAGGAUGCCCAGUCCAAUAAUUCCUUAACUCCAGCAUCUUCAAACACCAACGAGAAGGUCAAUCCAACAGUCUCCCCUUUCUCUCCCUUCUACAACCCCUCUCCGUCGCGCCGUUCCCUCGAGGCACAGAAGAUCGAGUCGAGACAGAGCAUCAUUGCUAUGCCCCCUCCAUAUGACGCCGAUGUCGAGGCUGGUGUGGCGCUCCCACCCAUAGCUGCCAGCUCGAGCAAGACCGGGCUAGUGAAGGACAAGAAUCAGGUCGCUGUCAGCUGCACCAUGUGGCCAGAUCAGCAGGCGAUGAAGCUGAAGAAGAAGGAGAUGAGGAAGGCCAAGGCGAAAUACAUGCUCUGUGGGUGGAUGGCAGGCUAUAAUAGGGCCACCCGGAUCUGGAUCAAGAUUUUGAUAGCGGUGGUGGUUAUUGGCGCUGCCGUUGGAGUCGGGGUUGGCAUUUCGAGGGCCACGGGUGGUGGGGUAUGGAAGAAUCAGCAGAACUCCAAUUCGCCCAUCGCCCAUCGUUCGGAUGCUCGUUGAUCGCACGAGUCUUCGAUAUCACUCACUCUCCAAAGGACUGUCCUUCAAAACUUCCGGACCUGGCCACGACCAAGAUAACAACUUUCUCAUAUGACCAUCUCCUUCUCAGCCACGGCGGCAACCUUUCCUGUGUACAUAACGCUCCUUUCGCUGACCACAUGAUCGGCGCUCCGGUCCAGCACACACUUCCUUCUUUCCUAGCACGGCAGCAGGAAAGAUCCAAGUGCUCUGCUCAUACGCAGUGCACGUCGACUCGACUGGCUCGUGUCGGCCUUGUAUCUCCCAAGUUCCCGCUAUAGUAAUAUGGGGCAUGGUAGAGUUCCUCUUGCCGUACUUGUGUGACAAGGCCUUUCAUUCUCGGAGAAGUACCGUGUAUGUG